AUGGCAAAGACCGACAAGCUCGGCGAGAACGAUAAGCCCGAAUGGUCGGGCCCGACCGCCACAAAGUUCGACAAUAAAGCGUAUAGCGAGUACUUCGACCCGUGUCAGGAGGCGGCGGAUAAGAGUAUUAGGUGCCUGAAGCGCAAUGGGGGUGAGAGGGCUAUGUGUAGUGAUUUCUUCCAGUAA